CCGACCCCUCGGACCCUAGGGGGUGUCGCCUCCUUUCACUCCCUGACUCCCUGAUCGGGCAGCGAGACCCAUGUUUACUAAUCUGCGUAGCGGCAACACAAUACAUAUUCAAGGCAUAUUAAAAAGUAUUUAUCCUGCGACGCUUGCAUGCUCUUCAUUCUUCAAUAGAGACAAAGGGAGAGAAUGGAAAUCCAGAGCAUUUUGGUAGCAGCAGCAGCUUUAUUCGCCGCCUGGGCUUUCUGUUUACUACUACCCAAAUCAAUCCGUCGCCGGAAAACCCUCCCGCCGGGGCCUUUUCCGUUGCCGGUCAUCGGGAGCCUUCACUUGCUCGGAGACAAACCUCACAUCUCCCUAUCCCGCCUCGCCGCAAAAUACGGGCCGGUGAUGAAUCUGAAGCUCGGAACCGUAAACACGGUGGUCAUUUCCUCCCCCGCCGCGGCCAAGGAGGCUCUGCAGAAGCAGGACACGUUCUUCUCCUCCGGCCGGGCAGUCUCCGACGCCCUGCGAGCCCACGACCACCACCGCUACUCCGUCGCCUUCCUCCCCGUCUCCUCCCAGUGGAGAGCCCUUCGAAAGAUGCUGACCUCCCACAUCUUCUCCGGCAGCAAGCUGGACGCCAACCGCCAGCUCCGCCACAGGAAGAUCCAAGAUCUGAUUUCCUAUUGCCGGAAGAUAAGCCAGGAAGGGGGAGCCGUAGACAUCGGGAUGGAGGUGUUCAAGACGAACCUGAAUCUGCUAUCGAACACCGUCUUCUCCAAGGACAUGUGCGACCCGGACUCCGAUUCGGCCAAGGAAUUCAAGGAUUUGGUGUCGUCGAUCAUGGUGGAGGUUGGGUCGCCCAACGUGGCUGACUACUUCCCGGUCCUACGGCUGUUGGAUCCCCUGGGCGUGCGACGUCGCACGGCCGGACAUUUCGGGAAGGUGCUCCGGCUCUUCAAGGAUUUGAUCGACGAUCGGACGGCGGCGAUGGGGGAGAGAUCGAGUGACGGCGGCGGGAGGGAUGAUGAUGUGUUGGAUUCGCUCCUCGGGAGCGGUGAAAAAGGCGAAGCCGUCGACUCAACUCAAAUCCAACAUCUUUUCCAGGACUUGUUUGUUGCCGGGACCGACACAUCGUCAAACACAAUAGAAUGGGCAAUGUCAGAGCUUCUCAAGAACCCAGAUACUAUGGCAAAGGCUCAGUCGGAGCUCAGAAAGGUCAUCGGAAAAGGAAAGCUUGUGCACGAAACCGACAUCACUCGCCUCCCUUACCUUCAAUGCGUCAUGAAAGAAACACUCAGAUUGCACCCACCAGUCCCAUUUUUGAUACCUCGCAAAGUCGACCAAAAUCUAACCCUUUCAGGACAUACGAUUCUCAAAGACUCACAAAUUCUCGUAAACGUCUGGGCGAUCGGGCGCGAUCCCACUGUCUGGGAGGCCCCGUUGGAGUUCAAACCAGAGAGGUUUUUAGAGUUGGGAAUGGAUGCUAGAGGGAAAGAUUUUGAACUGGUCCCAUUUGGCGCCGGUAGAAGAAUAUGCCCUGGUUUGCCGAUGGCGAUGAGGAUGGUUCCGGUGAUGGUUGGGUCCCUGUUGAACUCAUUCCAAUGGAGGAUUGAAGGUGAUGUUUUGCCCCAGGAUUUGGACAUGGAGGAGAGGUUUGGCAUUACCUUGGCUAGAAUAAGUCCUCUAAGAGCCAUUCCCAUUGCCGUGUAAAAUACUCUGUAUUCGUUCAUAAUGACUAGUUCUUACCCCAACAUGGGCUCAUAUACUAUCACAUAAAAUAUAUUCUAUAAAAUAUAUUCUAUAAAAAGUUGAAACUAAAAAUAGAUAAAUAUGAGUUGCGUAAAAUAAAUAAAAUCUAUAGUCUUUU